AUGACUGUGGCCAAGAUCCAAAUGUUGCUAGGGAGAGUGUUGUGGACUUCAAGGAAAAGACGUCAUCAAAUAUGGCCCAGUGGAGGAGAGUUUUUUAUCCUGGGCUUCUCUCUAUUUCUAGAUGGGCCUUCAAGGAUUUGCCCAUUUUUCCCUAAAAUUGCAAAUUCUUUUCGUAGGACUUUGGGCUCUGUCCAGUCCUCAAGUAAACUGAACUCUUUGUCGAUGAAGGAGAAACCCUUAGCUAGGGCUUCAAUCUCCGUAGGCAAUAUCGGGGAGGAAAAGGAGUUUCGAAGCUGCAAGGUUUCAGAGGGGGGCUCGCAGGGGUUGAUGGUGGUGAUGCAAGAUAUACUUGAUAAUUGUGUAAAAGGAUGUGACAAAGGCAAUACUGAUUCUGUGAAGGAGGGGAUUUGGGACGAUUUUGAGGGGGAUAUUGAUAAUAAUGGGGUGCAACAAAGGAUGCUGUUAGACAUGGAGGAGGGAUAUUUGAAUGUAGAUGAGGUUGGACUGCUCUCUGCUGGGAGUGGAGAUUCUGAUAGCAGCUCGGAUGAUGGUUCAGAUUGCCACAAAAGUGGGCUGAAGCUCAGAUUGAAUGCUGAAGAGGUAUUUUGA